AUUAUAUGUAUUUAAAAUAAAUAUUAAUAUAAAAUAUAAUUGUUCAUAAGUUAUUCUACAUGUUAAUAAACUGUAUGUGAAAAAUGCUAAACAAAAACGGUAAAAGAAAAAGUAAAAAAAAUUUGCCAGCGACGACAGUAAAUAAAAGAAAACAACUUUUGUUGGUGGCGAGAAGAAAAUAGUUAAAGUAGCACCUGAUACCUUUAAUAAUUGUGAAAGGGUUAUUGAUAUAGUGCGUGCAAAAUGCGAAAUAAAAAAUUAAAGUGCUUUUAAUAUAUAAAUAUAAAAUAAAAAAUAUGAUUAAAAAUGUAAUAUAUUAUAAUUAAUGUGUUGCUAAGAAAAUGUUUACGAAAAAAUCGCAUGCCGAUAUAAAAAAGUCCACCGCAAAAUUGCAGGACUACAAAAAGGAUUCCUCAUCGCGUCUAAGACAUUUGCGCACUAUUUUAGAUAACGUCGAUCAUGAAGAUGCAAAAUCAUUGUUUGAAACAAAUUACAGUCACGUUUAUUUCAUACUCUACGAUACUUUCAUACAAGCGGAGGCUAACCUGAAGCAAAAAGAACUUCCGUUUCAUAUUGUACACAAAGCACAUCGUGAGGAGUUGGAUGGUACACUAUGGCUACUCGAAAAAAUACUUUGCUUACUGCCAGAACUGCUAGGGCGACGUUGGCAAUGUCACUCACUCAGUCGUAUUAUGGCGAAAUUGCUCCAUUUAGGAAAUUCGCCGAAGUUGCGACGAGAAGGUGUUCGUUACUUCUUACUAUGGUACCAAGCGCUCGGUGACAACUCGCCCAUGUACGUGCAUAAUAUGUACGCAGAUCUUAUACCAGGCUUGAUUGUACCGCAAAAAGGUGUUAGUAUUGGUCUUGAUGCAGAAUUUAAUACCUCGGAUUUUUUAAAUCAUCCAAACAUGAAAGUAGAAGGUGGUACGACAUCCGUAUUUCAUGAUGCAUUCUCUCAUCCAGUGCAGAAUUCAGAAUUAUUUGCUUUACUACCACCCUCUUCGAGUGAGAAGACUGCACCACCUGAUCCAAGAGAUGGUUUGGAGAUUUUAUUGAAUAGUAUGGUACAAACCGCAGCUUGCUUACGUUGGCGAGAUAGUCGCGCAAAUAAAGACCAUAAAGCUUUCGCUUUUUUAAUGCAACGAUUUAAGGAAGUCUUUCUGCCUGUUUUCUGCCCAAAUUUUGAUUUUACCAUGUCUAUCUAUGAUCCACGUUUAGAACUGCCGAAUAUGCGUACAAUUAAUAAGAAAGAAGAAGUAAUGUCCUCUUGUGUGGUUGUGCUAAUUAAUUGGAUUUCUCGUUUUACCCACGAGCGCUUAUUAAAUCAUCGUUUGGAUAAUGUACAUAUGGAAGAUGUCGAUCAUACACGCUUACUCUCCUACCAACAAGGAUUAAUUGUACGGGAUGUACUAUACGCUUCACGUGAUAACAUAAAUUUCAUACAUGAAGUGUAUCGACAAGCAUUUUUGUUAAACUUUACUUCAAAGCCACAGAUUGAUGCUAUACGCACUGCAAUAGCUGUUUAUCGUGAUUGGAUGACGGGUGCUACACCACCAACAUUUUUAUUAGAUCCUGACGAUAAUUCUAGCGGCGCAGCUGGUAAUUCACCAAACGGCGCUGUACAACAUCCAAGUAGUUCUGCUGGAAACACACCACGCAGUCAACGUUUACGCACACCAUCUUAUGUAGGUGCAAUAACCAAAGAGAAUCUCGUAGUACGCGCUGGCAUGCAAAAUGUAUUGCAAGUAUUUGUAACGAAUGCUGCUAAUGUCUUUCUAGUUAACACUAGUAGUUUAAAUAUAUACUUUCCAACGAAAUCUCGUGAUCAUCGCUCCACACCUUUACAUGAGCAGACAGAGGUGUGUAAAAAGGUACUAAACGUUUAUCGAACCAUGGUUAUGAAUACCCAUAUGGAACCUAAAACAUGGGAACAACUUCUUUUAGUACUAUUACAAGUGACAUCAAUUGUGCUACAUCAGAAUCCUAGUGGAAAUAAAAGUACUAGUUUGGGUGGUAUAUUGGGUCAAGCUAUUUUUCAAACCCUUAUUGUUACCUGGAUACGUGGGCAUACAAAUGUACCAGUAAAUGUACAGUUAUGGGAAAAAUUUUUGACUGUACUAACUUCGCUUACGUAUCGGGAUGAAUUAAUAAUUGAAUGGGAUAAAACGAUACAGACUCUAACACGAGUAUUCUCACGUUACGUUUACGCAUUGAACUUGCAGGAUUUGCCUUUAGAUCGGUUAGCUGAAAGUAAAGGAAAACGUAGGCGUAUUGGUAGCGUUUGGCAUCAAACAAACUCAUCAAAUCUUGGUAUUGUUGGAGAUAAAAAUAGCAAAGAUCCUUUAUUACGUGCGCAGGAUUCUUGUAGCAAUCGGUCUGAUGAAGCAGCACAAAGCGGAGGUUCUAAUAUACAACAAAACGCAUCUAAUGCAACUGGAAAUUCAAUACCAUCGCAAAAUUCUAUACCUGUACGGAACUUGAACGGUAUACCACUUACACCGAUGUUAAGUCGCAGUUAUAGUGAAGGUAGUUUAGCAUCAGCUGCUCGUAAUUCUCGUAUGCGAAAACGUCAUAAAAUAACUUCACAAAAAUCAGUACCAGCCCCAGUUCUUCCAACAAGUGUGGAACAUUCUUUAAAUGCACUUUUAGCUCAACAACCAAUUACAGACGUAAGCGGCAGUACGGAAACAUUGAAUUCUCAAAAGUUACAUACAAUAUCACUGACGCAAGCAGAUAUGCGUAGAGCAAUGUCUUUAGAUUCUUUAGCAAAUGUAGAACGACAACGUCGUAAGCAACGUCCAAGACGUUCAUCUAACACUGGUGAUGACGAUAUUGAUGGUGAUGAUAAUAUUAGUGGAGGAGAUUCACGGAGUCCUUCACCAACUGCAAGUAGUGGUAUCGAAGGUAGCUCUAUUAAGGAUGCUCAAAUGCAGAUAGAUGUGUUGGCAGUCGACACUGGAAGUUUAGAAGACGGUAAUUCAGGCAGUUUUGCUGGAUCGGAACGUCGAUCCAUAAUAUUAGGUGGAACUGCUACAGGUUGGUUACCAGAUUCUACAGCUAUUAUGUGGAAGCGUAUGCUGGGUGCUUUGGGAGAUGUAAAUCGCAUACCCAAAACAGAUCUUCAUGCGCAGGUUUUUAAACACUUACUCGACAUGACUAUAAAUCUAAUAAAAAUCAAACAAAACCAAGGUAUUUCAACAGACAAUCAAAGUACACCGCCACCUCCUACACUUGUACCGCCAAUUGGUAUAGUAGCACCUUGGUGCUAUGGCGCUUUAGAACUGAAUAAUUCCUUUAAAAAAGGUAAACUAUGGGCGCUACAAAUUCUUUGUACAUUAUGCGUGAAUGGUUCAGUUGCGGGCAUGAAUCAGUUACCUAUUUUUUAUAAUGCCCUUCAUAAAUUGUUGACUGGAGAAGAUCGUGAUUUAAUCUAUGCAAUUCUAAAGCAUGUUGAAGGGCCAAGGUUUUUAAGUUUGCUGUUGCCCGGGCAUACCUUAUUGUUAUUGGAUAUUGUGCAUGCAUCUGCAAUAUUACUAACCUCAUUAGAAGCUAAUAGAUAUACACCGCGUGCUGAAGUGUCUGCAUUACUAGGCUCUCUAUUAUGUUACCCAGUAACACUUAUACCUAAACCAGUGCUACAACCCUCCCCACAACUGUUUGAGUUGAUGGAAUGUCCUGAUUUGCAAGAUCAUAUUUUAAAUAUUGUAUUGCGUUGCGCGCGACGAGAGCCAUCAGCUAAAGCACGCUGUAUAGCGCUUUCUCAGUUAGGCCAAUGGAUUUUAUUAAAACUACUGCAUCCUAUAUCGAAUAAUGGUCAUGGACGUGAUGGAAGUAUAUUUCAGCAAGCGAUUCCACAUCCCAAAAAUACACACCUACACCCAGCAACUAUGCAAUUUAAUUCGCGAAUACGUGAAGCCGUUCAGGUACUGUUACAAGCACUACAGUUUAAACACCGCACGAUUGCUAUUGUCGCCGUGGAUGCCUUAAAGCUCUGUGCUGAGCGCGGCAAAGAAUUUGCUGCCAUUGAACGCAUGCCGCAAAUCAUUUUGACAGCAAUUUGCAAAGCUCUGGAAAUACAAAAUGUAACAAACCCCAAGGAUUCCGACAAAGUAGUAUUAACAUCUUUAAUGCAUUGCCUAGGCGAGUAUUGCAUGGCGUUUCCACCAGCGUUAAUGUUGGCACCUUUAAAUGAAAAAGGUGAUACACUUAUAUUAAUGGUGCUGCGUGUCUUAUUGCAAAUUGCUUCAGGCACACCUCGUCAUGAACGUGUUAAGCUUACAGCAGAUGAUGAUUUUGAUAUGCAAAUUUCUAACGAUGAUUUGCAAAUAGAUGGCAAAUUACCUGAAGCUAACUACCAGACUUCUGAAACUAUACAAGCAUGUAUAAGCGCUAUUAAAUUAUGUGCUAAAGCUGUAACAAUGCAUUUGGUAACACAUUUGGGACACUUUCCUAUGGGCAUCGGUGCCUCUCGCUUAAGUUCAAUGGUUGAAGAACAGGAUGACGUCAAUGCCGGUAGUCUAAAUGUAGGCACCAUUGAGCGUCGAGACUCAGUUGAACUACCUUCCGUUUUACACGCACAGAACCUGCAACUUUUUAUGUUGAAUCGUGGUUUAGUGGCUAGUUUCAUUGAACUUCCUGCAUUAAAAUUGCCAGGUGGUGGUGUAACUGCUGGUUUAGUUACUGCUGAAAAACAAGUACGUGUAUUAUUGCGCGAUUUAAAUGGCAAAGCUUGUUGGGAUGCGUCAAUUCUUUAUAGUGAGCCACGUAAGGAUACAAAAACGCUUACAAAUACAGUACCACUUUUAAAAGAUAAGUAUGAUAGCGGCUUUCGCGGAUUUGGUCAUGUUAUGCAGAGACAUAUGGCUCAACCAAUGGACUCAUUGGCAUCUUCAAUGUUGGGAUUAGAUAUGAUGCCACAUCGUCAUACACUAAGGCACCGCCCUGCUGGCGAGUUACCAUUAGCAAAAGAUAUGGCGCCUGAUUUGGAUCAAUUAAAUGAUCUUCUGGCUUAUAUUGGUCAUACCAGUUCGGAAUGUUUGGCCUAUCCAACUACACAGCUAAAUGCACCAGGUCCCAGUCCAUUAGGUAGCAAUUUAGAAGCACAAACAAUUUCAACAAUACUUAACCAACGUGUCAUCGAACAAGAGUUUGUCACGAAACAGAAUCAACAGGAAUUGCAGUCAAAUUCUAUGAAUGCUAUGCAUAGUUUUGCUACACAUUAUGAUCAACGUUCGGUAAAUUCAGCAGAGCAUGCCUCGCAUACAUCAAUCGAUUCAUAUAACACCUCAAAUAGCUUAUCACACCGCGGUGAAAUUCCUUUUCAGUAUUGUCGUUUAUUGUUCUCUCACUUGGGCCUAGCUGGUUGGGAGCGACGUUCACGCACGCACUUACUACAGCGAACGGAUAAAUUAUUGCGUGAAUUACGUAAUGUAGACUUACAAAAAUGUCGUGAAACGCACAAAGUAGCUGUCAUCUAUGUAGCUUCGGGUCAGGAGGAUAAGAAUAGCAUUUUGCGUAAUGCAAGUGGCAGUAGCAUGUAUGAAAUGUUUGUUUCUGCUCUGGGUUGGGAAAUUGAUUUAGAAUCACAUAAUGGUUUUCUCGGAGGAUUACCUCGUCAAGGUUGUGGUGUUUCUGCACCUUACUAUGCAACACCUUUCUUAGAAGUAAUUUAUCAUGUAGCUACCCGUAUGCCUACAGAUUCGCCAGAAGCAAUAUUACUCAAAACACGACACUUGGGAAACGAUGAAGUACACAUUGUGUGGAGCGAACAUUAUCGUGAUUAUAGACGUGAUAUCUUACCAACAGAGUUUUGUGAUGUACUUAUUGUUGUAUAUCCGUUAAAAAAUGGCCUAUUUCGUGUAACAGUGAAUCGUAAACCAGAAGUACCAUGGUUCGGACCAUUGGCUAAUGAAAGUGUAGUAAGUGGCGCCUGCCUAGCUACUUUAAUACGGGCAACAGCUGUAAAUGCAAGUCGCGCAAAACGUGCAGCAUUACCGCUUUAUCAACAAUAUUAUGAAGAACGUAAUCGUUCUUUGGAUAGUGUUUCAUCGCGGUAUAAAGAGAGUACUACUUUUGAAGAUUUUGUGAGUCGUAUAUAUAAUCCCAUUCCGAUAAACUCUUCAUAUGCUAACUUACGUGACACAGGGGCUACAGCACCUUUAGCAGCUGCACUAAUAGAUCAUCAUCGUUCUUCAGUUAAAGGCUGGGUACAAGCAUCGAUUGAUACCAAUUUGAAAGAAAUUCCGCUUGGCAUUGCACCAUCUGCAUCUGCAACAACAACAGCUGCUAUGGAGGCAAAUUCAAAUUCGCCACGUGGUACACGUAAAUUGGGCUCCACUUUUAAAAGUGCACCAAAAAAGACGUCAGUGCAUUCAACCGGCACACCACCAGAAAGUCCAACUCUCCCGUUACGUAAAUUUAAAUAAUAUUUAAUAUUUUCCAGUUAAAUAUUAAAAUAAUUGAAGCAGCUCCUAAGCCCUCAUACUUUUUGAUCUUUGAGGCUUAAAAUGCAAAACAUAAUUUUGGAACUCUCAACGAAACUCAUUCCUGUAAAUGUUAUAAAUUCUUGCUGAUCUUAAGAAAAUGUUAAAAAUGCGCAUUUAACUAAACUUACGAAAUAUUGUACAAACGAAUUUGUUUAUAGAUACGAUAACGUUGGUUUUAAUUUCGAAAAAAAUUGCAACGAAGGACUUUAGCUGAAAGUAUUUUUUUACGUCAGACAAGCGCAUUUGUACGCAUUUUAUUUAUAAAUUUUUUACGU